AUGACCAGUAGGAUGGGGGAAAGAACAGGCGAUUCCUCGUCGCCGUCGCCUCCUCACGUCCAUCUAUUCUCGUGGGAAAAAGGAUGGCAGACGGCCCAGCUUCAAGGAUUUAUGCUGUCCAUGGACUUCCUCCCGUGGACGCUGGUGGUCGUGUACGUCCUUGUCGUCCACUCCUUGAGGGCGUACAUGAGGACCCGGAAGCCCAUGGACCUCAGGCCCGUCCUCGUCCUUUGGAAUCUCGUGUUGGUCGCUUUCAGUUUCCUCGGCUCUCUUCGCAUGGCUGUCACCGUGGGGCAUGGAAUCAAACAGUACGGAAUGCACUACACCAUAUGCGGUUUCAGGGACCCAGACAAGGAAGACAUAGUUGGCUACUUAUGGUCGGUGGUGUUCGCCUAUUCCAAGUUCGUGGAAUUGGGCGAUACCUUCUUCAUCGUCCUGCGAAAGAAGAAGCUCAUCUUCUUGCAUUGGUAUCAUCACUCGACCGCCCUCUUGUUUGCAUGGAUCACGUCUAGCCGCGUGGAAAACGUCGGCGCCUACUUUUGUCUGAUGAACUCCCUCGUCCACACGGCCAUGUAUUCGUACUUCCUCGUGACGGCCGUGAAGGUGAAGGUCCCCGCGAAGAGCAUGAUGGCCCUGACCGGCUCGCAGAUCCUCCAGAUGUUCUGCGGUCUUCUCAUCUGUUCUUACAUCCUCGUCCAAAAGAUCUCGGGGGAAUCAUGCAACCUAUCUUAUUUCAGCCUCGCCUUCGGAUUCCUCACCUACUUCACGUUUUUGAUCCUGUUUUUGAAUUUCUUCGUCCACAAGUACCUCCUUUCAGAGAAGUCCGCUAAGAUGCUGGAAUUCAUCAACUCCAAGAAUUAUCUGCCCUGGCUGGCAGUUGUCGUCUACAUCGUCAGCAUCUAUAUCCUGAGUGCAUACAUGAAGAAUCGACCGGCCUUCUCGUUGAGGAAGCUUCUGGUGACCUGGAACGCGUUUUUGGCCCUCUUCAGCCUUGUCGCCACGGUGAGAGUAGGGGUCUCCUUACUCUACUCCACGCAUCAUUUUGGAUUCGGCUAUGCCACCUGUGCCAUCGGGAGGGCGGAAGAAGACCCAAUAGCCCUGAUGUGGACCAUUAUCUUCUCCUUCUCCAAGAUCCUGGAAUUUGGUGACACGUACUUCAUAUUGCUUCGAAAGCAGAAGUUGAUCUUCCUUCAUUGGUACCACCAUGCUUCCGUCCUCCUCUUUACUUGGUAUAACACCGCCAGGGCGGAGGAGGCCGGCGCGUGGUUCAGCGUCAUGAACGGCGGAGUUCACACCAUCAUGUACUUCUACUACUUCCUGAGGGCCUUGAAGAUCUCCGUGCCCCGGGGAUUCAUGAUGUUCAUCACCAUCUCUCAAAUCGCCCAAAUGGUCUUCGGCAUGAUGCUCUGCGGUUACAUCACCUACACGAAAAUGCUCGGUUACCCGUGCAACAUGUCCAACCCGAUCCUGACCUCCGCGGUUUUGAUGUAUUUAAGCUAUUUUGUCCUGUUUGUCGACUUCUUCCGCAAGACCUAUCGAAAGCCUCAGGCCGUUCUGAAACGACGUAAGUCUUCCUCCUGUGACGUUAAAAACAUUAAUGGCAUCCAGGUUAUAAGCCCCGUUAAGCGAUUUGAAAACGGGGACUCAACGAUUAGUCGGAGGAAAUCGUUAACUGGAAUCUCUUAUACUGGAUUCUCCCAAGGGUAG